AUGACAGAUUCUCUACUUGCUGACAUUUCGAAGCUUCCAACCACCACUUUUGUUAUGACAGGUCUUCGAAAUUUUGAAUUCAUUGGAUCCAUUCCGAAAUUUAUGUUGGAAAAGAUCCGUGUGACUAAACGAGGUGGUAAACGAAAACCAAAAGUUGCUCCUUCCAUAGGAGUAAUCAUUUCUAAGAAAAUAAAGAAACUAGUUCAGAAGCCAAGAUCUCCAUCUCCGGUGAUAGAAGAUGACUCCAAAGAGAGAACUGGAACAGAAGUUCAGGGGAUGAUGUUUUCUGAAAUGAUGAAGAAGAUACAACUCAUACUUCUGAACCACUCACUCUUGAAACAUCUAUCAAGAUAUCUUCUCCUUAAUCGUCUUUCAUUCCAGACUCAAGCAUUUUUGAAAACAUAA